AUGGAGGAUAAUAAUAGCAGAGCUCGAUACUACCAUCUUGUACCUAAAUAUAGUAAUGGCUCCUUAGUGGAAUCCAGUGUGUCUAAUACCGGCAUCGAGCGACACACAGGAGGCUCUGGUCAGACUGGACUCGGGAACUCAGGAAACACUUGCUACAUGAAUUGCAUUUUGCAAUGUCUCUGCAACACCACGCCAUUGGUUGAGUAUUUCAUAACUGGGGCUUAUGCAGAUGAUCUAAACAGAGGCCGAGGAGAGCUUUCCAAUGCAUUCUCUGCAUUAGUGAUGGAUAUGUGGCUUGGGGAUUGUGUCUAUAUCUUUCCUGAUGAAGUAAAGAGAGUACUUGGAAAACUGCAUGCUUCAUUUUCUGAUGGCACACAGCAAGAUGCCCAAGAACUGCUGCUUUUCUUCCUAAAUGUUCUCCAUAAUGAUCUGAAGAGAUCUACAGGAGCGAGGAACAUGGAAACGUCAAUCGUUACAAAACUGUUUCAGGGGCAACUGAGUUAUGUCAAACUGUGUCUAAGUUGUUACCACAAGUCUAGCCAAACAGAGAAUUUCCUAAGCCUCUCUCUGCCGAUGCCUCCUGACAGCAGGUGUUCCAUUCAGGAUUGCCUCAGAUUGUUUUUUAAAGAAGAGGUUCUGAGCUCGAGGGACCAGCCUUUCUGUUCCUUUUGUGGAAGGAAGCAGGACCAGACAGAGAGUAUCCAGCUUAAAGCAGCUCGUUCCACACUUACCAAUCAUCAAGCCGACCCUUUUACUCAAAGCUUUGAAUCUGAUGACCACGGCAAUAGAAAACUGACCAGUACUGUAGCCUUUCCACUCGAAGAUCUAGAUUUGUCCCAAUAUACAACCAGUCCAUCAACUCAGCAGAUGAAGUAUCAUCUUUAUGCUGUUGUGAAUCACACAGGCACUUUAGAUAGUGGUCACUACACUGCUUACUGCAAGAAUCCUGUAACACAGAACUGGCAUGAGUUCAAUGAUGCAAAAGUGACAAGCAUUUCUGAGCAGAAGGUCCAGUCAUCAGCUGCUUAUGUUCUUUUCUAUAAUUGCGUGAAUUUUCAGUGGGCACAAUAA